AGCUUUUCCCCCUAGGUGCGACCCCAAUGGAUUGUGAUGUCGCCAUAGUCGGUGGAGGUCUGGCGGGACUUUACAUGGCGGAAUCACUGCUGAGACACAAGAAGGAAACAAAAGUGUGUGUUUUUGAGAGAGAUGUUCGUCUUGGUGGAAGAAUCUUCGAUUAUGUAUUUCCUCAAGUACCAGAUGAAGUAGUAGGUCUCGGAGCAUGGAGAAUCGAUAUGGCUCACUACAACAUGAGGAAUAUCCUCAACAGACUAAACAUUCCUCACAAAGACUGGAACUUUUACUCAAAUCCUCGAACAGAAACUAGAGGUUUCUUCGCACGGGACGAGCAUGAAAUCAAAAGAAAAUCAUUCCCGGCUCUAACUCAAGGAAAAUUCAAAGACAUGACUUGUUCGCAAAUGUUGGACUAUCUACUCAGAAAAGAACAUGUCGAUAAAGUCCACAAUUUCGCUACGUUUGAGACAUUCCAGAAGCACUAUUUAACACCUGAAGGUUCCAGGUUUUAUUUCGACGUUUUUGGGUAUGAUGGAGACCUUGACGGUAGUCCAGAAGGCGUGGUAGAAUUCUACGAACAACUAGCUGCACUUACAGGAAAAGAGAUUCGUCCUUUAAGAGGGAUGUCGGCAUUCAUCGAGGCUUUGGCCAAAUCGGCAAGAGGUCUGGGCACAAAAAUUUUCACGGGCGAUAACCACAAGAUUCUAUCAAUAGACAAACAAACAAACCAGUUCGUCCUUAAAACUUCACAAUACGAAGUAAGCGUCGGGAAAUUAGUUGUGGCUGCUCCUCCGGGUGCGUUUGGAAGUGUCAGCGGUAGCGUAGCGGAACAGAUUCAGCGCGCACCAGAAUUUCAGUCCAUCCUACCCCGCCCAGCAUUUAAGGGGGCUGCAGUGUACCCCACGGCGUGGUGGGAAGAAAUCACGAAUGUGAAGGACAAGUUGUACCCCAUGGAGAGAUUUUUAUCCAACAGUGAUUGUCUUGGAUGGACGUUACCACAUAGCGGGAGCGGUCGAAAUGGUGAGGCAGUUCUUCACGUAGCUUACACGGACGGUGUUUGUGGCGAAAAAUGGGGCGAGAUCCUCAAAUUACCAAAAGACGUCAUGGACCGAGAAAUUCACCGCGCCUUGGAAUACAAGUUUAACAGAAAAAUCCCCAAACCUCUGAGCACAGUGUAUCAGUAUUGGAACGAAGGUGCAUGGUACUUACAGAAACCUGGAAGCCGCGUUUCCAUGAAGCAAGUCACCCAAUGGGCAAAGAGACCUAUUGCAGGAGAGGAGAUCUACGUUAUUGGUAGCGCAUAUCAUCCCUAUCGGGGGUACUCUGAGGGUGCUAUCAUGUCGGCCAACAAUGCUCUGAACGAUGGUUGGAAAAUACCUAUACCCAGUCCUCCGCAACAGCAGUACGCGCCAAAAGGUUUCGCGGAUGUAAAUUGGAAGAAUAUAAGAUAAAAUACGUGUUUAGCAAAGGAGCUAUUCCUUCGA